AUGCUUGGUGUUGUUCAAGGCUGGAAGUGCCCACCACAAAUGGUUGACUUCAUCUCAAGUUUAGGGUGGAGUGCAAACAACGAAUCUUUUGGUAAAGUUGAUUUCACAAGCUCCAAAUAUACUAUACUUUCUUAUAUGCUUCCGAUCAAGGCAGCUGAACUUUGUUUGUCCUUCAUUUUCAAGUUCAUACAAAGGAGGAUAAAAUAUCGUUGUCUCUUACUUCAGCAAUCAAUCUUACUUCAGGAUGAGGCCACAGGUUCAGAUACAGAGAAGAAUAUAUAUGCACUAAAAGUCAAAGAAUUACUUAAUUGCCUCCAUGAAGUUGGUACACUUCCUCAGAUCACAAGCAUCCAAGGAGAGCAGGUUGUUCUUAUUAGUCAUAGGCGGCUUAGGAUAACAGAGAUGGUCAGUGAAGAUCCCCUUACUGUCCAAGUGGAUCAUAUCAAGGAUUUACCAUACAGCAAGGAUGAUGAUGUCCAGGGCCGGAUGCCUUAAGGGGCCAUUGUCCCCCCGUUUUUUAGCAUUAUCAGGAAGAAUACAAAUGAUUCUGGUGGACAGACAAACAGUGAUACGUAUGAGGAGAAAAGAAGAUGCUAGAACUUAGGAACAUGAAACGAUAAAAGCAAGAAAUAGUUUGGCAGAUAGCAGCAAAAAGACAUGACGUGCUACAUAAUUUCUUUGAUCUUCGGCUCCUCCCAAAGAUCCAAAACGCCAAAAAAAAUGAAAAUUAGGAUAAACGAGAUAGAUUUCGAGGAAAUCCGAACAUAUGUCUUGAAAAACCAACAAUUCAGCCCUAAAUAUAAAGCAAUAAAUCCCAUUCAUCAAGUUCCAGCUAUAGUUGAUGGACGCUUCAAGUUGUUUGAUAGGUUCUUUCUAUUUCUUAAUUCUUAUCUAAAAUCCUUACUCCUUAU